AUGGCGAUGAACUACAACGCGAAAGAGGAGGUGGACGGGCACCAGGUGGUGGCCGGGAGCAGCAGCAGCGUGCCCGGCGGAGGAGGCGGGGGGUCCGGGGGCAGCGGCGUGGUCGGGGGCCCUGCCAAGAGCCGCAAGCCCGACAACACGGCCUUCAAGCAGCAGCGCCUGCCGGCCUGGCAGCCCAUCCUCACCGCCGGCACCGUCCUGCCCGCCUUCUUCGUCAUCGGCCUCAUCUUCAUCCCUAUCGGCAUCGGCAUCUUCGUCACUUCCAACAAUAUCCGAGAGUACGAGAUUGAUUAUACAGGAACAGAGCCAGGUAGUCCUUGCAAUAAAUGCUUAAAUGUAUCCUGGAACAGCACUCCUUGUCACUGCGUCAUUAACUUCACACUGGAUCAACCUUUUGAGAGCAACGUAUUUAUGUAUUAUGGAUUGUCAAACUUCUAUCAGAAUCAUCGCCGCUACGUGAAGUCUCGGGAUGAUAGCCAGCUAAAUGGCAAUAACAAUUCUUUAUUUAACCCCAGUAAGGAAUGUGAGCCUUACCGCACCAGUGAGGACAAUAAGCCCAUUGCUCCUUGUGGAGCUAUUGCCAACAGCAUGUUCAAUGAUACAUUAACAUUGUCUCGUAUUGAUGAAAAUGGAACAUAUCCUAUUGAAUUGAAUAAAAAGGGUAUCGCUUGGUGGACUGACAAAUACGUAAAGUUUAGGAAUCCUGUUGGAGAUAACAAUAACUUGACAGUACUUUUCCGUGGCACAGCAAAGCCUGUCAACUGGCGCAAAACAGUGUAUGAAUUGGAUACAGAUUCAGACAACAAUGGGUUCAUCAAUGAAGACUUCAUUGUGUGGAUGCGUACUGCAGCAUUACCUACGUUUCGUAAGCUGUAUCGCCUCAUAGAGAGGAAGGACAGCUUGCGUCCUACUCUACCUGCUGGAAAGUACUCCUUAGACAUAAAAUACAAUUAUCCUGUGCAUAGCUUUGACGGACGAAAACGGAUGAUCUUGAGCACCAUUUCAUGGAUGGGCGGCAAGAAUCCAUUUUUGGGAAUUGCCUACAUAACUGUUGGCUCCAUUUGCUUUUUUCUUGGAGUAGUGCUGCUAAUCAUUCAUCACAAAUAUGGAAAUCGGAACAAUAGUGCAGAUAUUCCCAAUUAAUCCCACCCUUCCAAAGCACUUGUACUGCAUGUGCAUCAAGGCCAGUCCAGAGUGGAUAUACCUUUUGAAAGCUUUAUCCCUGGCUAAAUGUUGCUUCUGACAGAGAACACAUAAGUAUUUCUUAAGCCUUUGUUUCCUUUACAGUGGAUUAACUUGAAGAUAACGGGUAUAAAAGUUAGCUGUAGAAAACUGUGCUGAUUACAUAGGAUUUUGCAGGUUUGCGUCUUGCUGGACAGGUGCCAUGAUGCAUAUAUAGUCUUUCUUCACCUUACGGAUCUGCUGCUUCUUGUGUGCUUUGUAAUAUGUCAAUACCGUGUAUAGGCUGUGC